GAUUAGAUGAAGGGGAAGUAAGGGUUAAUUAUAUGAUACAUAUAGAACCAUUUCCUUGCUGAGAUCGUGAAUACAAGUUUCCUAAUAUAUAUCCAGCAAAUUAAUUGUAAAUCCUCAAGUGCACGUAUACUAUGCAUUGCUUAAUUGCAGCCUGAAAGUGAUGCCUAUAAAAUCUUCCAAGUCUGUACUCUCACGCAAUCUCCUCUCUCUCAGCUAACAACCUCAUCUUAAAAACUUAAAACUGCUCGAUGAUUUGAAAACACCCCUUUCUGCAUAUAUAUCACUUAAAAAGCCUCCGUGAUAUAGAAUAAAACACAUUAAAUUAAGAAUAUAACCAAACAAAUGCGGCCGGAACAAGAAAUGUCAACGGCAGCUUCUCCAAACACCAUCCACCUCUCUCCGCCGCCUCCUCAGACAAUAUCGACAUCAUGUAAUCCCCACGCCCAUAGCUGCAGGUGGUGGCCUUACUCAAACUCUAAUGAUUUUGGAGCCAACACAGCCAUGAUCCUCAUCAUCCUCUUCUGUGCACUAAUAUGUGCUCUAGCUCUCAACACAGCCAUCCGCUGCUUCUUACGCGGCCGCCAUCACCCACCAGACCGUCUUCCCCAAAAUCGACGAGAACUUGAUGAGCAGCGGAAACCCAACACUGAAGCAGGUGCAGCGCCAUUGGUGGUGGCUCCAACGCUGGUGUAUUCGGCAGGGAUGAAGCUGGGCGGAGAAGAGGCUGAGUGCGCCAUCUGCUUGUCGGAGUUCGUGGAGGGUGAAGGGAUUCGGGUUUUGGGCACAUGUAAGCACGGAUUCCAUGUCCACUGUAUCGAGCGGUGGUUGUCUGGCCAUUUCUCUUGUCCCACUUGUCGCCGUAGUUGUCUUGCUUCCUUCCCCUCCUUAUCAGAAACUUCUGACACCCCGAGAAACGACCUAAGCAACCCUUCACAACAACCGGCGACCGAGAUUGCUCCAGAUCACUUCAUUAGUAUUCCUUAACAUUUAUACGCAAUGUAACUACUGCAAUUAAAGUUCUUCUCGUUUUCUUUUUCUUGCA